AGUUGUCAAUAUGCUACAUAAGUUUCCACACGAGAUUUAACUCGACACCAGUAAAGAAUUUAAGGAAAUAUAUUUACUGCAACCAUGGACUGUCUAACUAACUCGGCCUGCAACCUUGCAAUUAGUGAAAUAGUUCAAAAAAAAACCUUUGAAAUAGAUGACGACGAAGCCGAUAUAGUUUUGAAAACCAGUGAUGGCCUAUUUAAAGCACACAAAUCGGUUGUUAGGAGUUGUCCCUACUUUGCAGCAAUUAUAGAUGGCAGUUGGAUUGAAAGUCAAUCUGCAAUCAUUACUUUGGACAUAUUCUCAUUCAAAUCUGUCAAAUUUGUUGUUGAACACAUGUACAAGCCCAAACAGUCAAUUGAAACCAAUCAUGACAUAGGGGAACUUAUCACAUUGGUAGAUAUGCUUGGUAUUCAGUCUCUUCAAGAAUUGAUCAGUUCUACCAUGGUUGUUACAGCCUGUCACAAUUUUCACAAGCCCUGUAAGGAUUGUAUUGAAGGUGUGAUGAGCACACUGCAGCUUGCCAGUACUUACCAUUUAGCAGAAGUGAAAACCAAAUGUGUGAAUUGGAUAACAAAGCAUUUUGUUAAAGCUUGGAAUACAAGACCUUUUUCUUGUCUUCCAGAACCACUUCAGCAAAAUUGUCUUAAAUCCCUUGAAAAUUCAAUGAAUGUUGAAAACAUUAUUGAUUUAACUCUAAAAACUCAACAACUUCAGCAAAUGCUCCCUUCAGUAAAGUGGGCAGAGCCAGUUAACAUGCUGGUAAAAACUCUCUCAGCAUCUUGCAUGACAUUCAUGCAGCAACAUUUUCAUGGUGCUCUUCAUUCAGCCAAAUUUAAAUCCUUGUGCCAAAUCGAUACCUGGAGUCUGAGUAGCGUGGAAGCUAUCCUCUUUCAAGCUGCCUGUAAUUUACCUGUUGAACAAGCUUGCUUGUCUUAUCUAGCUCUCGAAAAAAUUACUGAUGAACUUUCCAAGCUUGGCGAAGAUCAGCAACCUCUGGAUCCUGUUUACCUUGACUUCAUCAAGAGACUUUUUAAAACAGUAGAAAAUCGUCUCAUUCAACGAGUAGGCAUGGCAACGAAAUGCUCUGCGUGGGAUGCCAUACCAAAAGCUAAACAGAUCAGCAUAAUGCAAAUGGGCUUCUUUGAUCCCCUUGAUAGUCAUCCAAAGAAUUCUUCGGACAGGCCUAAUCCAAAGAAUAGUUUAAGGAGAAAUCAUUCUUUGAACGCUGCCACUGCAAGUGGUGACAUGUCCAAAAGCCGUACUCCCAAUUCUGGUCUGACCACUGGAGCCUUACAGCGUACCACUUUACGGGCUACUAUACAUGGAGGAAGAAACCCAAUUCACCCAACAGCUGCCGCUAGAAUAACAGGAACUCCUCGUUCUUCAGGGAUAUCCAAUGUUCAGUCAUCCAAUCGAGGAAUGCCAGAAACCUCACGAUCUAACUCUGCGCGGACAACUAAUGCAAGCUCCUCUCGAUCAAAUACGAGUCAACUUAAUAGCAACUCAGUUGGUACAUCUUACCAACGGUCGGUAAAUCCCACUGCUUCCCGUACACCCAAAACUCGCUAGAUCGUUACAGCUCCCCAUUGUAUUAGUGGUGUAGCUGGCAUGCCAAUCAUUUUCAAACAAACUCGUACAAUUUGAUUCGCAAAUGCUCAAAGUUUUUCUUGCUCUUGAGUUCACAUCUUAGAUUUCUUUUCCUCCGUCUAAGAUUGGUAUUAUUUGUUUCACAUGUCUCGGCUUCUGGUUAUCAAGACCAUACGUUUGUAGUCGUGUAGGCUAGUCGUGUCUUGCGAAUUCGAGUCUCCCUUUACACACAAAACGCGUCUAUUAUAGUUCACGAAUAAAACAAUUAUAUUACUUUUAACGAUCGCAUUGCUAUAGAACUAAAUGAAUUACCAUCGUGCACGAGCAUUUUGGGAUUCAGAUUUAUUUCAUACAUUUUAAUAAUUUUUAUAUUCGUCUCCAAAAUGCGCCGGUUAAUGAAAGGAAACAAAUACAUUUAACGGCCAAACAUACGAGAAACCAUAAAUUUGCAAAAGGCACUGGUGGUGUUUGGACUGAUUGUUGCCAGGUUUGCUUUGAAUGGAGGCAAAAAACAGAACAUCAAGAAGCAUAACGUGUUGCAUAAAAGUGUUGAGUCCCUAUGUAUGUUGUUGUGAUCCCAAAUAAAGCACAACUACUGAAGUGAUUGAAAAGGAAAUGUGCUACUUACUAUUGGUAUUCUUUCAUAAAACUCUCUUGGAAGGAACGGAAUUUGUCCAACAUGAUUUGUAGUUUCUCUGGUUGAGGGAGGAUGGUUGUUCUGCCAAUUAAGUUUUAUUAAUACAAUCAUCAGGUAAACUGUCCGGGGUGAAAUGAAUUUUAGUUUACCUGAAGUGGUAAGUCCCGGGUCUCUGCCCGAACCCUGAUCCAGGCACGCAACACAUUCCUGUUUGCUCGAGAAGUUGGAAAGCAUAGAAAACGUCCGGUGCUUGGCCCAGCGACUUUGCCUUGGCAAUUGCUUUCUCGGGAAUCUUGACCUGAUGCGCAAAACAUAAAAAUU